AUGUCCAAAAAAGUAGCAAUAAUCGGUGCCGGCCCCUCAGGCCUAGUCACAGCCAAAACCCUUCUUCAUAAUUUUCCCGGGACAUUCUCGCCAAUCAUCUUCGACAGUCAAAACAACGUCGGAGGUCUGUGGUCAAGUCAUCAUGCUCCCCGGGAGGAGAGGCCCGUAACACUAGACCCUCGAAUGCGGACCAACCUCAGCCGCUUCACAGUAGCCUUUUCAGAUCUUGCCUGGGAGUCUGUAAUACCUGACGAUCCUCCGAUUUUCCCUCAGGCGACCCAGGUUGGAGAGUACUUGGCCUGUUAUGCAGAGCAGUAUGUUCCAACACAUGUGCUUAGGCUUGGGUGUAGAGUAAUACGGACUAUACGGAAGGUUGAGGAUGGUAAUGUGAAGUGGAAUGUCCAGUGGGUUCAGGAGAGCGCGGAGGAAUCUCACUCGGAAUCUGGGUUAUUAGACGAUGCAGUGCUGUCGGAAGAGUUCGACCUGAUCGUCAUCGCCUCUGGAUUCUUUGCCCAGCAGUAUAUUCCAAAUAUACCAGGUAUAAAGCAAUUCCAAGGUCAGAUCAUUCACAGCUCUUCACUCCAUUCCGAGCGAGCGCAGCUUCCUUUUGACAACACAAAUGCGAACGGGCAGGUCGUCGUCAUAGGCGGCAGCAUGUCAGGCGUUGAAGCCGCGUCUGCUGUAGCUCUCCACCAAUCCUCAUCUGCACUUUCUUCAAACCAGAUCCCACAUACCCAAGAGACAAAAUUGCAUCAUAUACAUUCAAGACCCUUCUGGGCUCUACCAACUUAUCUCCCCCACGACUCUCCCGAUGGGGCUCCAUUGUUUUUACCAUUGGACUUGGCCAUGUAUGACCUGGGCCGCCGCCCACCAGGUCCAAUAAAAUAUUCUUUGGGCCCGAUCCCAGAAGAAAGAGCAGUCCAAACGAACAGUUACUUCCACUCCUUGCUCGGCAAUGACUACGAGAAAUACGCGCACAUGCAUUCACCACUUGGCCCCGAACGAUUCAGGAUCCAGCCCCCAUGGGUCGCGAUAGGCAAUGACUACGCCGAGUUCGUCAGAAGUGGAGCGAUUCAAACAUCGAUGGGACGGGUGUCUUGUAUCAAUUCUGAUCCGAUUACUAAAAAAAGUUCUGUCCAAUACGAAGGGCCCGACGGGGUCACCAAUACGAUAGAAAAUGUCACGACGAUCAUUAUGGCCACUGGGUUCACUCCAUACAAGUCCCUGUCCUUGUUACCAGACGAAGUGUUGACAGCUCUCGAAUAUUCCAACACGGAUCCCUUCACACCGUUGAUUCUCGACAAGGGAGGCACGGUCCGCUCUGAAAUUCCCGACAUCGGAUUCGUCGGGUUCUACCGCGGCCCGUACUGGGGUGUGAUGGAGAUGCAAGCGCGGUACCUUGGGAAAUUAUGGAGUGGGAAGGACAGCGGUACGAUCUGCGAAACAGACGAGCAAAAGCAAAGUCUUCGCAGGCUCAGGUCGGCACACCCGGAUCUAGACCGUGGUCAAUUCCCCAUGUCCGACUAUGUCGGAUUAAUGGAGUCAUUUGCCAAGGAUCUGGAGAUUACUCGGUCGGGAUUGCAAGCAGGCGAUAGCAGGUCUGGUCCUGCCGUUCCGGCGAGAUAUCUUCACGGCGGUAUCCCAACGUCAUUCGCAGAGAGCGAGGCGAAGAGGACACUAGGUGCUUUGCGCGACGCUUUGAUCCCUAUUCACGAGGUAGCACAAAAGGCCGCAGCAUCGGCGAUAUUUCGGGCUCUGCAUGGGACUUGGACGUUCUCCAAGCAAGCAGCAGAUGCUAAAGGCGAAAUAUAUGGGACUCUAGCUUUUUACCCGCGGUACCCAACUAGCCCGGCAUACGAAAGGGAGUAUGUCUGUGUGGAGACAUAUGUGGACUCGGGCGGGCGGGAACAGCCUAUGCAAGCCAAUACCCGCUUCAUGCGCUUGGGGGAAGAUGGAUUUGAUAUUGCCACUUCACGAAUCGAGAUCUGGUCACCGGGCUUAGCCGAUAAGCUGUCAGCUGGUCAGCUUACCCAGGCUUGGGAGUUGACGUCUCUCAGUCGAGAGGAAAAGUAUGGGGAGACUAUUCCUGGCGAGACUGUGAUAUUCGCUACGAGUGUUGAUUCGCUUUCUGGGGUCGAGUAUUUGUAUACUUUUCAUUUUGAGGGGGUUUCUAUCUUGUCUUGGGAAUGUGCAGAAGAUUCUUUCGAAGAUCAGAUGGGUGUAAAACGCAAAGGGAGUUUCUAUUCCUACGUAAGAGACUGA